AUGUUCGAUAUUGAUGUACUCACCACAAGUGAUAUGGUAAUGGCACUGGAUCAACAAGUGGAAGAAAGAUCAUUUGACUACACUGAUAGAGCUGUCUGUGAUUUAAAAAAUAAUAAAGAUGAAGUUGCACUAAAGAAAACGAAAUCUAAGAUGAAGCUUAAAAAGAAAGAAAGAAAAUCCUUAUAUUUACCAGAGAAAGCUAAUCUCCGAAAACAAAAAUAUACGAAGGCAGUCAAGAAUUGGCUUGAAAAUGUUAGUGUUUCAGAUGUAGGAAUAACUGAUUUAAUUAACACAAGAAAAUCGGUAGAGAUUGCUGAAAAACCUGAUCAUUUUGAAAGUGCAAUGGAACACAUCGAUUCAAAAAAACAUUCAAAGAAGAAAGUGAUUCAAGCAAAACUAGCAAAUAAAGACGGUAUUAUGAAAUUUAGUAAGCCGCUAAAUACAGAAUUGAUUGAAAAUAUAAAUCAUCAAGAAGAAUCAAUGGAUUCUGAACUAAACAAUAAAAAAAUGAAAUCGAAAUUUGUGGCUCCGAUUAAAUCCCAGAUACCGGUCAAAGAAAUUACUUAUAAUCUGAUUGAUGUCAAUGAAAACACCAAUGAUAUUACUCAAUUAUCUGAAGUUAAUAAUCAAACAGCUACGGUCAUGUUGUAUUACAGCAACGGAUUUUGUCAGCUAAGCCUACAUAAUACGGACGAUACUUGCCAGCCCGCUGGUAUUAUAGUUCACUUGGCUGAUAAAUUUUACGUUUUCAAAAGAAAGGUCGGCGUGAAGAUUUUAAAAGAUUUUUUUAAAAAUAACAAACUAAUCUGCUAUGAUGGCAAGGACAUAAUUAUUUAUCUUGCUAAUGACGGGAUCGAAUGUACAGAAUGUACAAACUGCAAUAUUAUAGAUGUGAAGAUAGGGUCACGUCUCCUAGACCCGGAUAACCCACCAGAAAACUUUUCCGAUGUGCAAAAGCUUCUUUCUUUCAAACCUACCUACACUGUAGCUACGGAAUGCAACUUGCAAAAAGCUGCUUGGUACAUUACUAUCUUAGAGGAGUCAGCCGAGCUGCUGUUAGAAGCUUUAACAAAAGCUGACCUAUGGAAUCUUUUUGUUAAUAUAGAAAUGAAGCUUCUGCCCAUUAUUGCUGGAAUGGAACACAAUGGCAUCAAAGUAGACAUGGUUAAGCUCAAAUCCAUGGAGGAUGUCAUUUUGAAUAAACUCAAAGAAGUAGAGGCAGAGUGUCACAGCGCAGCCGGGAAGUCGUUUCAGAUUAAUUCCACUGCGCAAGUCCGGGCUAUAUUGUACGACGAAUUGGGUCUAGACACGAAAUGCCAUGUUAAGAUCAGGGAGACAGUUUCUAAGGGUGCUAAAUCUACAUCUGAAGCCAUGUUACGGAGUCUAGUUUCGGUCCAUUCACUCCCGAAGCUGAUUUUGGAGUACCGGCGCUUACACAAGGCGCACGCGACGUUCCUAUCCGGGGUGGCGCAGCAUGCGGCCCACGGGCUCGUGCGCGCCACUUGGGUGCAGACAGCGGCGGCCACGGGGCGCAUAGCUUCCAAUAACCCAAAUUUACAAGCGAUACCUAAAACACCGUUUAGUCUUUCAAUUUUUCCGGAUGAUGCGAAAAAAGGCGGGCCGUCCCUGAGCUUCCGUUCAGUGUACGUAUCACGCGCGGGCCGGUCGUUGUUGGGCGCCGACUUCCGGCACGUCGAGUGUCGCGUGUUCGCGCACGCCGCCGCCGACGCCGCCCUCACGCGCGCUCUCAACAGUCAAGACCUGUUCAAGGUGCUCGCCGCCAGCUGGUUAAAUAAACCGGAAAGCGACGUGAAUUCAGAGGACAGAGAGCGCACCAAGCGCAUAGUGUACGCGAGCUUAUACGGAGCCGGCUCCCGGAAGCUGAUGGACAUCCUCAGCAUCAGCUACGAGGAGACGCUCGCCGUCACGGCCAGCUUCAACAGAACAUUUCCCGCUUUGAAAUCAUUCGGGCGCUCGGUAGUGUCCCGCUGCGCGCAGGGCGGCGGCAAGCUGGCCACGCUCUGCGGCCGCGUCAGGCACUUCAGAAACAUUAACAGUCCAGACUUUACUUUGAGGUCGCAGGCUGAGAGGCAGGCGGUCAAUUUUGUAGUACAAGGAUCAGCCGCAGACAUAUGCAAAACGGCAAUGGUACUGACGGAGGCUCGGCUUCGAGCAGCGGUCCCUCCUGUAUCAGCCCGACUGUUACUUCAAAUACACGACGAGCUGGUUUGGGAGGUGGCCGAUGAAGAUAUCAAAAGAGCAGCCGGUAUAAUUAAAGAAGUGAUGGAAGAUUGUGGGCGACACUGCUUUUUAACAAUCAAACUCCCGGUGUCAAUUUCCGUUGGGAAAAACUGGGGCGAGAUGAGUGAGUUUGAAGACUUUUAA